AAUGACAGCUUAAGGUGACCCCUUCUCCUAUGGACCAUGAACAUCCCAAACUAUCCCCAGUCCACAGACCUCCACCCCGCCUAUUACACACAGGAUCUUCUUUUACAAGAAAAACCAUCCACAUCUCAGGAGUUAAAGCCAAGUCCAGACGGUCGUGCAAAUCAAGAGGAGGGCUGUCCUGUAUGUGGUGACAGGGUGUCAGGAUUUCACUAUGGCCUGCUCACCUGUGAGAGCUGUAAGGGCUUUUUUAAGCGCUCCGUGCAGAACAACAAAUGCUACACGUGUGCGGAGAGACAGAGAUGUCCCAUGGACCCGGCCCAGAGGAAGCGAUGCCCUUACUGUCGCUUUCAAAAAUGUCUUGCUGUGGGCAUGAAGAGAGAGGCUGUAUGUGCAGACAGAACGAGAGGUGGACGAAACAAGUUUGGACCUCUAUAUCGGCGAGACAGGCAACAGAAACAGCAAAGAGGCACCUCUCAUCACCAAGCGAACACUGCCCCCUACAGGAUCAAAAUUGAGGCACCACAAGCAUCGUUACCUGCAAUGUCUCAUGAUUUUCAUGUCCCCAACCCAUCCCCUGCUCCUCCUGGAGGUGCCCAUUACCACCCACCUCAGCCCUUUUCUCCCAAUAUGAGCCAAUUAGAGUUCCUCAUGCUGAUAGACUGCACCAUGCCCAGAGGCCAGACACUGCCUGAUCCAUCUCUUCCUUUUCACACACUGUACUAUCCAGGCUUCCACGGACACCCUCAUGAAAAAAAAGAGAUCCUGCUUAACUACAGCCCUGCUUCUGUAAUGUCCCCUUCUCCGAUCUCGCCUGUUCUUUCCACACCUACACCAACAUCCACCGCUACACUGACAUCAACCUCGACUCCAAGGUCAACACCAACUCCAACACAGAGCUUGACGCUCACCUCAACUUCGACCGCAUCCCCAAGUUUAUGUUUCCUGAGCCAGCUCCUGCAAGCCGAGCCAGAUGAGAAGCAGUUCUGCAUGCGGGUGUUAGCAAGCCUCCAAAGAGAACAGGCCUGCAGAGGAAAACACGAUCGCCUCAACACCUUCAGCAUCAUGUGCAAAAUGGCUGACCAGACCUUGUUUGGAUUAGUGGAGUGGGCCCACAACAGCACUGUGUUUAAGGAACUUAAGGUGGAGGAUCAAAUGAUGCUUCUGCAGAGCUGCUGGAGUGAACUACUUGUCCUGGAUCACCUUUGCAGGCAGGUGGCAUAUGGGAAAGAUGGGAGCAUCCAUCUGAUUACUGGACAACAGAUUGAGGUAUCAACCAUUGUCAGUCAGGCUGGAGUAAUGCUCAGAAGUUUGGUGUCCAGAGCCCAGGACCUUGUAUCCAAGCUGAGGUCACUUCAGUUGGACAGAGAGGAGUUUGUGUGUCUCAAAAAUCUGGUUCUCUUCAACCCAGAUGUAAAAUCAGUGCAGGAUCGUAGACAGGUAGAACAGACUCAAGAGCGUGUAAACAGAGCUAUGAUGGACCACACUAUGAAGACUCUCCCAGGUCACUCGGACAAGUUUGGGCAGCUGCUGCUCCGUCUGCCUGAGGUGCGCAGCAUCAGUCUACAGGUGGAGGACUUCUGA